AUGGAAAAUUUGGAUUCUCUCGUUAAAGAAAUGACGGAAGUGUCAAGAAAACAGCAAGAUUUAUCAAACUAUGAAAACAUAUCAGAAAACUUGAAGCAAAUGAUACGCGCAUCAUUUCAUGAAGAGGUUCAAAUUCAUUUUUUUGGAUCAAGAAUUAUUGGUCUCGCAGAAAAGGAUUCGGAUUUGGACAUCUACAUCGAAUUUAACAAAAGCUUUUUUGCAAAUGCAAUAAUAUCCAAAACAAACGACGAAAGAUUAUUAAAACUUGCUAAAAUAAUUUGUCAUGCUCCUAAUUGGUGUUUAAAGGAGACUGUUUUGAGAACCAGAAUUCCUAUUAUCAUUUCAGUCUAUAAUCCUUUAAAUAUGGAUUGUGACAUUUCAACUACAAACGGAUUGUCGACUGAAAAUUCUAAGCUCCUUGCUUACUUAUUCAAAAUUCAACCAGAAGCUGUGUCAUUGUUUCAUUUCAUACGAGAAUGGUUGAAGACCAAAAACUUCACUCAAUUCAAAGGCUAUACGCUUACAUUGCUUCUUACAUUUUUUUUGCAGCAAAAAUGUUUGAUGCCAACAAUCAGUGCUGUUCAAAACGCAAUUCCUGAAGUUCGAAUUGAUGGCUUUAAUGUCAGUUUCGAUAAUUCCCGAUCAUUGAAUUACUACAAAAUCUCUAAAAUAACUGAUUACAAGAAUCAUGUUCAAAGCUUUUUCCAGUUUUAUGCCGAUUUUGAUUUUUCUAAGGUUAUGUGCCUCUUCACAGGAAAAUCUAUUGCCUUGUCAAAUUAUAAACAACGAUACCCAAAAUUCCUCGCAAAAGGAAUUUAUCUACCAGGCCCAUGCAAUAGAGCAAGUAAUGGUGGAGUUGUGGAUUUUGAUUACAAAACAAGAUUCGUUAAUGUUUGCACAAUUUCUCCUAGCUGCCUCGAACUCUUUUUUAAUAACAAUUUAAAGCUUUAAGUUAAAUAUGAUUUGAUUAUAAAUCUAAAAGAUCAUUAUUUUUCAUAUAUAUUUCAUACUCAUAAAAUACUUAUAAAAAAACUAAGAAUGUAAGCAAAGAAUGCU